GGCAUUCCGAGGGUCAAGAAUGAAGGAAAAAUGAAGAAUGAAGGGAGUUGGCGUGGCAUGCUAACCAGGCCUGAAAAAGUGGUUCAAUUUCUUGAAAAGUGGGUCAAUUCCAGGCGAUAUGUUUUGGGCUUUCGCUGGCUCUGGUGACCGGUGAUCCGUCUCGGGCGCGCCAUGGUGCGUCGUCCCUUCCUCGGCAGCAUAUCCAGUUUGAUUGUCAAGCUCGCUCCCGCCUGGAUGGCACGGCAGCGCCUGCCUGCCUGCCUGCCUGAGAAGGUUCAACAUAGCCCGAGCAUCAGUGCUGCGGGUGGUCCAGAUAUUCAUUUACUCGCCGGGCACGGAAGGGGCAGUCGAAUGCGGAGAGCCCAAGACCCGCAUGUCCCCUUCCCGGUCCCGGACCAACAUUCAUUGAUUCUUUCACUUCACCAGAGCAGGAGCAGAGGCGAGGCACUCUCCACGCUCUGUAAUUUCUGUUGGCUCAGGGCGAAUGAAGCGCCGACCAGUCACUUCGUGGUCUCUAGCACCCGCGCGGAGGGGGGAAGAGCCAACAAAAUUUCCGCUGCUGCUAGACUCGAGCCGAAAGAUGUUUGCCCGGUUGAGGCGCCAAGGUCAGAUGCAAUGCCACGUCUGCCCUAGCGGCCUCCACGCAUAACGAGAC